AUGCUGGUUGCUGAUCUCACGCGUAUCUAUGUGAAGCCGCCGGCAGAUGUGAGAAAAAUAAUACUGGCAUCCGAUAUUGCAGAGUCUACGCUGAGUUUUGACGAUAUUGCUUACGUGGUGGACUGUGGACUGAACAGUUUCAGGACCCAUGUUAAUUGGUCCGAGGAGAGCGUGUUACGAACUCAGUGGAUUUCAAAAGUAUCUGCGAUUCAAAGGCAAUCAAGGAGCACAUGUAUCUGCUUCCGGUUAUACAGCAAGAUUCGUUUUGACUCGUUGCACUGCACCAGGUUCAUUCAAUUGAAGGGCUGUCAACUUGAGGAAGCUUGUAUUCAAGCAUACCUGUUGGCCUCACCUGGCUCGAAGAUUCCAGUACUGCUGACAUAUGUCCCGCGACCCCCAAAACCGGAGCACUAUGAGGCCGCUAUUCGCUCCCUAAUAGCGAUGGACGCUUUGGACCAGUCACAAGAACUCACCGAAAUUGGAUAUCACAUUUGUGACUUACCAAUACCUCCGCGUUACGCUAAGAUGGUUUUGGUCGGGGUAUCGCUUAAAUGCCUGGACCCCAUUCUAACAAUCGCGUGUAUAUUGGCGUACGCAGAACCAU